CCUUUAUACGUUUAAAGUCCAACCGAAGUGGCUCACGCGUUCCUGUGUUCUUGCGAAAUGCAGUCCGGCAAGCUGCUGGCGAGGACGACGGAAGGAAUUUACCUUGCAAGGUUUACCAUAUAAAUACGUAACAUGAAUACUGCACAACCUGUGUCGGGAGCACCAGCUCAGACUGGGCCUGCACCCGCUGGCAGUGUGCCGGGCCAACAGCCUCCCCAGAAGCCCCGGAGACGAGUACUCACAUCCCUGGGCUUCCAAAUAUUCAUCUACUUCGGCGGAUGGUGGGAUGUCGCAUACUACAUCCUUAACAUCCUCGUGUUCGUGUAUAAAGGCCUGCAAUUGCCCUACCCGGGACGCAACUUUGCUAUGGAGUUCAGCUUUUCCUGGCUUUGGAUCUUAAUUGAAGCCCCCCGGCUGUUCCUGGCGUCUAAGGGUAACAAGACCGAGAGCGUUGGACCCAUCAUCUUCAGCUGCAUUCUUGCAAUGCCUCUGCUGGCCAUGUACGUGUACUUUGUCGCCUUCCAGACAUACGUGUUGCGAAUCGACCAACUGCUCAACGGGAUAGCCAUCGCCUUCGUAGCGCUACAGGUCGUCUUUGCUAUCCUAACCACAGUUCGUUUCAUCCUCGCUACCCGGUUUACGUAAUAAACCACCAGGGUAACAAGUAAUUCUUCCAACAAACGCAGCAUCUGGAAUGCGCCGCAUGUUUUUGAUGAGUAGAUGAGGACGGCAGGACGGCCAG